AUGUCGGACGUAAAAGUUCCAAACAAAAAAGAACCCCUGACCCCCGUUUUCUCUUCUCCAAAUUCUUCUCCACGAGACAAAACAACAAAUGGCAAUAACAUUCGAACUCCCCAGAAUCAAUCAAAUAACCUUUUGUCCCUUCACAAUAUUUGCAAUAUCAUACAAUCUCAUUCGUCCCCUUCACAGUCACCAAAACCAUGGUUCGAUCCAUCGCCCAUCGAACCAUUGUCACCAAACGAGAAGUCUCUGAAUCGAGUGGAUCCUCUUGAGAAUGCACCCAAGUUCAUUGAACCGUCUGCCCCCGAAGCUAUCAACACCUCGAAUCUGAUGCGGGUGACGCACGAGAAGUCCAAGACAUCCAAUGCAAAUCAAGACGCACGUCAAAAUGGUAUUGAUAAUCUUGCGGAUCUUGCUAUCACUCAUGCAAACAAAGAGAGUCUCGGAUAUUCCACUCAACCUGGCUAUCAAUUGCCAAACAUUCAGCAGCAGCUUAGAAUCCAACAAACGAAUAUUCAAACACCUAAUGUGCAACACCAUCGGCUCAAUAUUCAUUCUAACGGCCAGCAACCUAAUGUUCAGCAAUCCCGAUAUCCACCCAACGUAAACUAUAAUGAUGCGGGGAUAAUAGGAUCCAAUGAACAGACCAUAGCGCUCCGUUCAAAGGUCGAUCAUGAACCCCCGGGUACUGCUCAAUACACCAAUCCGAUGUGUGUUCACUGCCAGCAAAUACCUAACCAAACACAUUUUUCCGGAAAUACGUCGACUCAAUAUCCGUUUCCAUUCCAAUAUUAUUGGAUGACGAAUAAUAACUUUUAUCAGCAGUCCUCUGGCGGAGAUUUAAAGAACAAACAGUCGGAUUCAACUCAGUCUACGGCAAAGAGAAGGCGUAGGAGAAAGACCAAGGCAACGAUUGGAUCUCCAAUCCCCUGCGGUGGGGAAUCGUCCGCUGGCCAGGAAAAUAUACAUAGGUCAAAGAGCGGAGACGUUUAUCGUUGCACGAAUUGCGGAGCGCGGGAGACGCCAGCUUGGAGAAGAGAUCUUCAAGGGGAAGCGUUGCUUUGUAAUGCUUGUGGUUUAUAUUUGAAGGUGAAGGGCUGUCACCGACCCACCGAAGUUGGACCAGAUGGGGAGAUACGUCUGGUGAAAACAGAGAGACCUGGAGUCGGUCAACCGAAAUGCCAAAAUUGUGGUACGACGACAACACCUUGCUGGCGAGGACCCGAAGGAUCCAAACUUUGUAACCGCUGUGGCCUAUUCUUGAAACAGCAUGGACAUCAGCGUCCCAUCAGUCCCCGAACGGAGAGCGUGCGCUAUCAACCAUAUUGA